AUGAAAUGGGAAUGGAUUAGACACCCUCCGCAGAAAGUGCCUCUCUGCGGAGAGCCCAUGAUCUGGAAUCCAAAAGACAAAAAGGAGAAGAGGAAGGCCAAGAACCACAUGGCACCGGGUCAUGGAGUGCUCUGUGCCAACAGGCGCUUUUGCAGGUCGCUUGUCAGUGGCACCUGGCAGCUCAGUAAUGCCCAUCUCUUGUAUUCCAGGUUCAUCGCCAAGCCACUGGCCUUUGUGCUGCGGAUACAGGCGAGCGGGCCAAGGAGGGUGCAGCCCAAUGCCAUUCUUGAGAAAGUGUUUACAUCGAUCACCAAGUACCCCGAUGGCCGAAGACUGGAGGGGCUCUCCAAACAACUUGACUGGGAGGUGCGAAAAAUCCAACGCUGGUUUCGGCAACGGCGUAACCAGGACAAGCCCAGCACCCUCACGAAGUUCUGUGAGAGCAUGUGGCGGUUUACAUUUUAUUUGUACAUAUUUUCAUACGGGUUACAGUUCCUCUGGCAGACACCGUGGCUCUGGGACACACGGCAGUGCUGGUAUGGUUACCCGUUCCAGCCCCUCACGCCCGGCCUCUACUGCUACUAUUUCACAGAGCUGGCAUUCUACUUGGCCCUCUUGUUCUCCCAGUUUACAGACAUUAAGAGGAAGGAUUUCUUCAUUAUGUUCAUCCACCACUUGGCGGCCAUUGGACUCAUUUCGUUCUCGUAUGCCAACAACAUGCUGCGGGUGGGCACACUGAUCAUGUGCCUCCACGACACCCCUGACUUCCUGUUAGAGGCUGCUAAAUUGGCCAACUAUGCCAAGUUCCAGAGGGCGUGUGAUGGCUGCUUUGUGGUGUUCAGCGCUGUCUUUGUCAGCACACGGCUCUUCAUCUACCCGUUCUGGAUCCUGAACACGACUUUGUUUGAAAGUUGGGAGAUCAUCGGACCCUACCCCUCCUGGUGGCUCUUCAACGGGCUUCUGGUGGUCCUGCAGAUCCUACACAUCAUCUGGUCCUACUUCAUCUUGAGGAUCGCUUACAAGGCCCUGGUUCGAGGCAAGGUGUCCAAAGACGACCGCAGUGACAUUGAAAGCAGCUCUGAAGAGGAGGACGGCAGCAACGGGCAGCGACCACUCAAUCCUGUUCCCGUGUCUGGCAAGAGAGAGAACGGGACCAACGGCCACCUGGCACCGGGAAGCUGGGCCCCCGAGCAGUGAGGAACACGGCCCACCUCCACCCCUCAGACACCCAACUGCCAACGCGCAGACGUCUAAGGAACUGACCAAAGCCGGCAAGCGUGGGCUGGCGUGCCCGCCUGCCUGGCGUUUUACGUCCCACUUGUGUGGACUGUGUGUGUGUGUGUGCGUGCGCGCGUGUGUGUGACUUGUCUCUUUUCUUUUUCGCCCUAACGCUUGUAGUGGGAGACUGAAUGAAUCCGGCAUGCUGUCCAGUCCGUCAUCGCCACCCCACGUGCUGCACUUGUGUUUCUUCAGUGACGGUGGGCACCCCAUUUUUGUCCACUUUGUCAAUCGUGAUGCUGGAUUGGGGGGGGGAGUGUAAGACACUUUUCUGUAUCGAUGUCUGCAUUGUGACACCUGCUGCUUUAGCUGGCAGCCCUUCUGCCCCUCUAUUUAUUGCAUGAACUUGUAACCCCCACCCCAAUAAACCUCCUUAUCCUCCAAGUGCCCAACCAAUAGGUGCACACAAAUAAAACUGUUUGGGAGAAAUUCUGGCAACUCACUGGUUUUGAUUUUUUGGGGGGGGGGCAGGCCUUGGAGGACACCUGCAGGUACCCACUUCUGACCCCAAAUCCCACUGUAACGGUACGGCAGCGUCGCCACCUGCUGGGCAGCAUGACAACUGCGGGUGGGGAGAACGGCGAGUGUUGCUGUGGGUGCAGCAGCUCAGCUUAGCUCCUCGAGGGCUUUUCCGUUUCUUUUACCUUAGCUUGUGCCAGUGCUGUCCCAUGCCUGGGCUGCAUUUAUUUAUUAAUUAGAAUGUGUUUCUUUUUUAAAGAAUAAUCUUGUUGGUUAGCGUGUGUUUAUGGGCAGGGGGGCAUGAUUUACACCAUUGCAUAUCCUGACCAAAGAAUCCCUCGUGUCCAAUCAGCCUCUUUGUGUUUUGUGCCCUUGAGGAGCUCGAGAAUCGACCGCUUCCUCCCUGCACCACCACCCACCACCACCAGAGGGCGCCCCCCUCUUUUUAUUCUUAGGUCCACGAGAUCCAAAUCAAGUGUUUUGUUGAAAUCUUUUUUCUCUUUAAUAAACUUCUUUUUAUAGCAGUU